AUGUCCGCCUUAGCAAACCCCUCUAUGGAUUUUAGGGCCUUUGUCCAAAGCCUCAAGGACGAUGGGGACUUGGUCGAGAUCAAUGAAGAAUGCGACCCAAAUCUCGAAGUCGGCGCCAUUAUUCGCAAAGUAGUCGAAAACAACGAAAAAGCCCCUCUAUUCAACAACUUGAAGGGUCAAGACGAGAAUGGACUGUGGCGAAUCCUCGGCGCUCCCAACUCACUCAGACCCAACCCCAAGCAGAGAUACGGAAGAAUGGCCCGGCAUCUCGGACUUGAGCCCACCGCCUCUCUGAAGGAUAUCCUGGACAAGAUGAUUACUGCCAAGGCGGCCACGCCCAUCCCUCCUGUUGCUGUCGAGACCGGCCCGUGCAAGGAGUUCCGACUCACAAAGGACCAGUUUGACCUCAACAAGCUCCCAUCGCCCAUGCUGCACAAGGACGACGGAGGCAAGUACAUCCAGACUUUUGGAAUGCACGUUGUUCAGUCGCCCGAUGGAAAGUGGACCAACUGGUCCAUUGCCCGCGCCAUGGUGCACGGAAAGAAUGAGCUUGCAGGACUGGUCAUUGAGCCCCAGCAUAUCUGGCAGAUCCACCAGAUGUGGAAGAAGGAGGGAAAAGACAUGCCUUGGGCGCUGUGUUUUGGUGUUCCCCCAGCUGCCAUCAUGGCGGCCAGCAUGCCACUCCCCGAUGGUCUCUCGGAAGCCGAGUACAUUGGCUCGCUCGUCGGCGCACCCUUGGAGGUUGUCAAAUGCGACACCAACGGCUUGUAUGUGCCAGCCAACGCUGAGAUUGUGUUUGAGGGAACCUGCUCUAUCACGGAGACUGUCCCAGAAGGACCUUUUGGAGAGAUGCACGGUUAUGUGUUCCCGGGAGACACUCACAGUGGUCCCAAGUACAACGUCGAGCUCAUCACACACCGCAAAGAUGCCAUCAUGCCAGUCUCCAACUGCGGGAGACUGACUGACGAAACGCACACCAUGAUUGGCCCUCUCGCGGCCGCCGAGAUUGGAUUCCUCUGCAAGUCCAAGGGUCUCCCAAUCAAGGAGGCAUUCUCGCCCUUUGAGUCGCAAGUCACCUGGGUUGCCCUCAAGGUGGACACGGAAGCACUGCGUGCCUCCAAGUUGAGCAGACAGGAGCUCUGCCAGCAGGUCGGCGACGCGGUCUUCCGCCACAAGGUCGGCUACACGAUCCACCGCUUGGUGUUGGUCGGCGAGGACAUUGAUAUCUACGACUUUAAGGAUGUCAUCUGGGCCUUCUGCACGCGCUGCCGCCCUGGCACUGACGAGGUCUUUUUCGAGGAUGUGGCUGGUUUCCCCCUGAUCCCGUACAUGUCGCACGGCAACGGUCCGUUCAACCGGGGCGGCAAGGUUGUUUCGGAUGCGCUGCUGCCUGUUGAGUACACCACGGGAAAGAACUGGGAGGCUGCUGAUCUUAAGAACUCCUUCCCUGCGGAGAUUCAAAAUAAGGUUCUUGAGAAGUGGAACACGUACGGAUUCUCUUCUUGA